AUGUGCGAUCCAGAUUCCGAUAAAUUAACUGCAUUUAAAAAAUUAGAUAAAAGUGAGACCUGUGAUUUCUUGGAUAUUUACAACAGUGAAUGUCUAAAUAAGCCACUACAUGUUUGCAAAAUCGACGAUAAAAAUAUUUCUAAUGGUUGUUAUAAAAGUCAAACACCUGAUCUUUCUGCUAUCAAUGACAAUCUGACCAAAAGCAUAGAAAAUAAAAAAAGAAGUGGUGGUAUAAAAAAAAAUUCGACACAUAACUACUCUAACGAAUGCAAUAAAUUACGAGAAUUAGAGUAUUACUAUGAAUCAAAAAAACAAGCAUCCAAAAACGAAGAUGAAUUUUUGUCAAACACAACCGCUGAUUGUUAUAUAUCUCCAAAAAAAAUAAUCAAAAAUUCAAAAGUCACAUCAAUCAAAAAUUCAAAAGUAGUCUGUAUCCAAGAAAGAUGUUCAAAUGUCGAUCAAAUAAUAGAAAAAUUCAAAGAUACUCAAUAUUUUAUCGAUUCUUUAGACAAACAUUCCGGUGUGACUGGGUUAGGGCUGAUAGACCCAUUUUUUGAAGCAGAUAUUGAAUACAAAAAACCAGCGAAAAUUCGAAUGACUUCUCAGGUAUUCGCUCAACAAUAUGACACAGUUAAACCACUAAAUUUUCCGGCUCUACCAUACAAAUCCCAUAAAAAUCCCCCGAGAGAAUCCAGAACUGACAUUGAUUUGAAUGCUCCAAGAUUUCAGAGAUUUUUUAUGAAUACUGUUGAAGGUAAUGAGAUAAAAGAGGGUGAUGAUGAAGAAAGACCAUGUAGAAAAUCAACAUGUCACUCUAAAUUGAAAAAAAAUUCUUAUACUGUAGCGAAUUCAUUAGAUGUUACUCAAUCGUUACAUAAAAAUAUUGAAAUUAUGAAAUUGAAAAAAUCAAAAAAAAAAAAAGAAUUUUCCGGUUCACGUGCCGGUAAUUCACGCUUGGCUUCACUUGCAAGCAAUCAUUAUAUUUAUUUAACGUGCAAACAUGGAUCGAAUGCUGGAACAAUGCAUGAGAAAUGUUUGAAUAUUCGGAAACGAAUACCAGGUAAUAUGGGAUGGCUUUGGAAUCAUCAAGAAGCUGUUCAAAUAAAAUUACGCCCUGGCUGGAGGCCAGGUGCGAUGUCAAGAAAUAUGCGUGAAAUAAUUAAAGAAACAAAAGCGAGCAUGACUAAAAAAACAAAAAAAUUAAGACCAAUAUACACACGUGGUACAAAAAUAUUAAAAACGAAUAAAAGUACAAUUUCCUUCAAAAAAAAUCACAAACUUACGAUUAAGGAAAGAGAUACAGAACCACCUGCGACGUUAACAGUACAGCGUAGAGAUAAAACUUAUUAUGUUACAAUGUAUCCAAUAAAACAAAAUAAAACCAAUGAGCUGAAGUUGGAGAAACAAAUGAAACCAUUCCAUUUUAAAUUCGUUCCAACUAAUGAUGAUGCUAGUGAUGAAAGUUUAGCAGUAUCUGAUUUAGAAAUUGAAUUUUCACCACCAGCCAUUGUUUACAGAUAUGAAAAAAAUCCAGAUGUUGUUCAUAUUGAUACACAAGUUAAGAAACAGGAUAUCAUAGAUGCAGCUGAAGCCAAUAGUGCUGAACAAAAUAAAAAUAAAAAAAUUAAAAAAAGUAGAUAGACGAAGCAUGAGUAGAUGAUUGUACUCAUGGUUAAAGAAUGUCUUAAUUCACUACAAUGUCUCAUUUGACUCCAAUGAAAAUGAGAAAACAAGAAUUGACGCAACAAGUGUCGAAAGUUUUGAAUGUUGCAAAAUCGAUUACAAAGUAGACUAAUAAGAUGGCUAUAUCUCAAUAAAUAUAUUUUAUAUUAUAUAUUAUAUUUUCAACAAGAGACCUGGUAGGGUCUUGUCUUACUUUUCUCAGCGCGGAAAUGAAUUACCGGCUACUUUCAUAGAUAAACGUCACGUUUUUUUAUUCAUGCAAUGACACCUUCAAGAAUUUUUUUAGAUUUUUCGAUAGUGAAAUAAAUAGUGUUAACAACUUUAAUAAACUCUCCGACUGAAAAUCUGUUCAGGCUAGCUUAAUUUGACUAAACUUCAAAUCAAUGUUGCUCUAACUCAGGAUGCUUGAUCAAGUUUCGAUCAAGAUUUGAUGAAGAUGCUUGUCUAAGAAUAACCUGAUCCAUCAAGAAAACUUUUACUCAUGCUCAAAAAACUCGUUUAUCCUGAUCAAGAUAGCAUCAAGGAAAUUUUGACUCAUCCUGAAGAAGGCUAGCCUGAUCCAAACUUGACCAAGACUUGAGUGGUCGUAAGCGUUCCCUCUACUAUGUACAAUCUAUACAUUGUCGGUUCGAAUCUCGUUAGGUACGCAUUUUGAAGGUCUGAAACUGCAUCUACGAUCAAGUUCUCUUAUCACUUGUUUUUCUGAGCUGAUUGAAAAGUAUCUAAACCGUGUCUUGAUCAUUUUUAGAAUGUUAUUGGCAAAGUAAUCUCGAGACUUUUUAGUCUCGCUCUCGUUCUCUGGACUUUUCCGUGAUUUGCACAACGUUAAUAACAGGCGGUUAAAAUUUUUUCGGUUUUUAACCGAA